AUGGAGAAAACACUUCGGCUAAUCGAAAUUUAUAGACUGAGGUUUCAGGAGGUUUUAAGGAGAAUUAGCGAAGAAGUUGACAAACCCGAGGCCCCCGAACUUAAUGGGGUAGGGGAAGACCUCGCCUCAAAAUGGAAUGCUCUCCGCUCUCUUUACGAAUCCGCGAUCGAUGACUCCGAGACUGACGAACUAGAAGCUCGGGUUAAUGCCAUGGAGGAUUGCCGAACACAAUAUCACAAAGCGAGGGGAUUAAUCGCUAAGACAAAAGAAAGUCGUCAGAGCGUCCCUCCUCCAUCUGACCCAUCUGAACCAGAACCAGUAUCAUCACACCAUGUUUUUUCAGCAGUCAUAGCGAAACUUACGGCAACCAAGAUACCAACAUUUGCCGGAGAAACAUUAAAGUGGCCAGAGUUCUGGGGGCUUUAUGAGCUCACGAUUCAUAAUCUACCUGGACUUUCCUCGCUGGAAAAAUUCGUAAGGUUAAAAGAAGCCUUAAAGGGAGAAGCAUCAGCCGUCGUCGAGGGUUUACCUCUGACCAGCUCUAACUACUGUGCGGCUAUUGAGCAGUUACUAUCUCACUAUGGAUCAACAGACGUAAUCAUUCAAGAGAAUUUUAGACAGCUCCAUAAUUUACCAGUGGUGCCUCCGGGAAAUCAUAAGGCUUUAAAACAGUUCUUGAUGGAAGGAGAAGUGCGAAUACGCAGCCUUGAAAGUUUAGGUGUUGCGUAUGACGGUUAUGCUCGACCUUUCGUAUCUCAUCUGGUGGACCGCUUACCCAGAAACCUACGCACCGCUUGGUACCGCUCCGCAUCUGAUCGGGAUGAUCAAGCCGAUGUCAAGGAUGUUUUGGCCUUCCUUCGUAAGGAAGUAAUGAGCCAGGAGAGGAGCCAAUCUUCUGAAUCCUCCGUUCGAAAACGUACGAACACGUUGGAGACCUUUACUGGUUAUGAAACUAAAAAGACUAGGUUGAUUCCUUCGGUAGCCUCGAUGACCUCGAUGACGAGAACCGGGUUUAAAGGGGAUUCCCGGAACGAAUGCGUCUUUUGUCGCCUACCCCAUUCUCCACUCAAAUGUCCCUUGCCUCUACAGAAAAAAUUAGAAGCGGUAAAGCUUGGGAGGCUUUGUUACGCUUGUCUGCGAAAAGGACAUCAAGUAUCCAACUGCAAGAACCCAAAUCCUAAUUGCAGGAGAUGCAAGCGUCGUCAUCACACCGCCCUGUGUCGAGACGAUAAAGACCAGCCUAAUCAAGACGUACGAAACAACCCAACAACGUCCACCACCAAAACCUCGGCUAGCCUAUGCACCACUCUUCCGCAAGGCGGAGAUAUCUUUCUAAAGACCGUUACGGUUUUUCUUUACGGGCCCAAAGGCAAAAUGAAGGUCACUUGCCUUAUCGACGAGGGGAGUCAACGAUCCUAUGUCACUGACCAUGUCGCUGAAGAAUUGGGACUGUCGUACAAGUUCAAACGCUUUCUAUAUGCUCAUUUGGCUCUAAAAAUAUUGUUGAACCCACAGCUAUUCGCUGUUUUUGCCUUGAAAUAA